AUGAGGGUGAGCUAUCCUCGGGGGUUGAUCGUUGCUCUGGUUGUUAUUGUGGCAUUGUUGUCUAUGGGCUCCAUUAAACAGCAACUGAAGGUCCAGGAGGAGAGAACGAGAGAUGUCAGACAGAACCUAUCGGUGCACAGCCAGAAUAUUCUGGCCAGGCUGGAGAGACUGGAAGACAAUAUUGAAGAAAUGAUCAAAUCGGUUAACAGGAUUGAACAAAGAGGUGGACAGGUAACACUGGUGGAGAAAGAGAAGAAAGUGGAGAAGAGGAGAGUGAAGAAGCAAGCAGCUAAAAAACUCUUCCCAAACUCCAAUCUCUUUAAAUACUGGAAUGCUGAACUUUCUGAAGAGGAACAGAGGAAAGCAGAGGAUCUGUUUCAGCAAUACGGCUACAAUGCUUACCUGAGUGACAGGAUUCCCUUAAACAGACAGAUCCCAGACACCAGAGACCCCAGAUGCAUAGGGCACAAAUACCCCACGGAUCUCCCCAGCAUCAGCGUUGUGUUGAUUUACCUUGAUGAGGCCCUCUCUGUGAUUAAAAGAGCUAUCCGUAGCAUCAUAGACAGAACUCCAGCUCAUCUUCUGAAGGAGAUCAUUCUAGUGGAUGACCACAGCUCCAAAGAGCAUUUAAAAGAUGAGUUGGAUGCCUUCAUCAUACAGAUCCACAAAGAACGUCCAGCCUUGAUAAGCAAGGUGAGACACCCAGAGCAACUGGGCCUGACUCAGGCCAGGCUGUCAGGCUGGAAGGCGGCCACAGGGGACGUGGUGGCCAUCUUCGAUGCCCACAUUGAGGUCAACGUGGAAUGGGCAGAGCCUCUCCUGGCUCGAAUCCAAGCAGACCGCACGGUUGUGCUAAGCCCUGGUCUUGAUAAAGUGAAUUAUAAUGAUCUGAAAGUCACUCCGCGCUUAGCUGCUGCUCAUGGUUUUGACUGGGCGUUGUGGUGUAAAUAUGAAUUCUUCAGCUCAGAUUGGUAUGCCCUAAAUGAUGCAUCACAGCCUGGAAAGAGUCCAUCUAUUAUGGGCAUCCUGGUUGCUGACCGUCUGUUCUUUGGGGAAAUUGGAAGUCUUGAUGAGGGAAUGAAGAUCUACGGCGGUGAAAAUGUAGAGCUUGGCAUUCGUGUGUGGCUUUGCGGUGGCAGUAUAGAAGUGGUACCUUGCUCAAAAGUGGCUCAUAUUGAGCGACACCAUAAGCCCUACAUGCCUGAUCUGAGUCACAUGAUGAAGAGGAAUGCUCUGAGGGUAGCUGAAGUCUGGCUGGAUGAAUACAAGAGGAAUGUAAAUCUGAACUGGAACCUCCCUCUUCAGGAUCAUGGUAUAGAUAUUGGCGAUGUGUCGGAGAGAAAAAAACUGCGAGAGAAACUUAAGUGCAAGCCCUUCAAAUGGUAUCUGGAAAAUGUAUAUCCCUCACUGGAUCCACUGGAUGAUCUGCUUGCCUAUGGUGCAGUGGUUAAUGACCUAAAGAAGAGUGUCUGCAUUGAUCAGGGACCAAUUACAGAAAACAGACCUAUCUUAUAUGAUUGUCAUUACCAGGAGUCACAAACAUGUUACCUUCGUGGCAGCGGGGAGAUCUGCAUUGGGACUCUAGCAUCUCAUAAAUACAGAAGCAACCGCUGUCUGGUGGACCCUGGGUCUGAUAAACUCCCAACACUAGAGGAGUGCUCAGAAGCAAAGAAAAAAGGAUCCCAUUUGUUCUGGGACUUCAAACAGGGAUGGGCUAUACAAAACCGAGAUACAAAGAGAUGUCUGGAGAUUAUGGUGGGAAGUGAUGGAGACUUUGACCUCAUCAUUCAACCCUGCACUGGACAGCGCUGGACUAUACAGCAUGUCUUUAAAAACAUAUGA